AUUUACACAAGAAGGCGGAAACAAUGGUGUUUGAGACUCAGUGUAUGUCAUUUCCAUGUACUGAACUCUUGUUAUUCAACUAUGCCAAGGUAAAUUCAAUUUUUGAUUCUAGGGCACCUUUAAAAUGAGGAACAAUAUAGUGGCCAGAAAUUUGCUGACUAAAGUCAGCAUCACUCAAAGAUAUCCAGUGCUUAACAUUUUGACUUGCCAAUUGCAAAGUGUCACACAAUGGUGAUCAAUAGAGCUGAUUACAUAACACGGUGUGAAUGUUCAUCAUUUUGGUGUAAAUUCAGCAUUUCAUUCGUUAAAAACAAUUGAUUUUGACUGUAGCAUAAUUUAAGCAUGCUGCUGAUGAAAUGUUGUGAGUGUGUUACAUUGUACUUACGAAAUGCUUGAAUUUCAGUGUGGAAUGAACUCUGCUGCGUACUCAGAACUUUGUAGCAAGUAACAUUUUAUAAUAAGGUUUAAAAUGUUUAGUUCAGAAAGACCAACUUAUUUGAUUAAAUUGUUACAAACAUAAUAUCAUGCUGUUAAAAAUCUUCUCUCCCUUCUUGAAGUAAGCAUCCAGGCAGUUAUUUCUAUAGAAUUAUUAUAGUAAUGAGGAAUUUGUUUAAUGAAAAUUAGUCCUCAAUGUGUUAACCCGGUACGCACAAUAAAUAAUCAGACUGAAUAAAUAGAGCAAUCUUAAGAUUUUUGUUUUUGGUUGCUAGUAAAAUGAAAAUUCUGUCAUAAUUUACAUAGCUUCAGGUUGUUCCAAACCUGUAUACAUUUCUUUGUUCCGUUGAACACAAAAGAAGAUAUUUUGAAGAAUGUGUUAAGGUCAAUGGUGCCCUAAAACGGCCUGGUUACAGACUUUAUUCUUCCUUUUUAUACAUUUAUACAGAAUUGGAACAACUUGAGGGUGAGUAAAUGAUGGCAGAAUUUUCAUUUUUGGGUGAACUAUCCCUUCAAUGAUAUCAUACUAGAACGAAGAACUGCUGAAAAUGAGAGUUGUUUAAUAGUUUCAUAUAUUAAAGUUCUUUUUUAUUUGUCGAGACUUUUCAGGAUUCAUAAAGUAUAUUUAGAUAUAAAAUAAAAUAUUAAGGAUACAUUAGACAUAUAAACAUUUACUUGCAGUUCUAAACAGAAUAUGAAAUGGUUUCAUAGACGCUACUUAAAUCUCCGCAAGGUGGCGGUGUAGAGCCGUCAGUUCUCUAUUACUUUCAUUGGCUACGAAGAAGAGCGGAACCGCUGUUGUCAGAGAUGUUGCUGUGGAGACUAGAAGUUUACAACACGAAGUCAGGCAAGACAGAUAAUGAAUUAAUUUUCUUAUUAACAGUUACCAACUCAAGUUAUUAGCUCCGUAUUUCCAUGUAUAGAGAUAUUUGGUCAAACUUAAGCGAGCUUACGCUGGUUACAGCAGUCUGUGAAUGUUUCAGCUUGCAUUAGCAACAUUUAGUUCACUGUUUGCAUAGUUAACGUUACGUUACACUAACAAAACAAACACGCAAAAUGUAAUUUCGGCGCAGAUAUGUCACGCUUGCAUGCCUAUUUGCAUGAGGACCAGGCUUUCCUGUUAUUAAGGUACGUUGGGGAAAGAUGCCCUCUGGGGCAAGAUGAUUCUAUUUUUCCCUCUGUAUCAUGGCACAAAAUCCCAUCUGAGCACAUUUAAUGAACGGCUGUAACGUUCCCAAUUUUGUCAUUACAUCUGGAUAUCAACAUUUGUGAGAUUUAGUCGGUCAAAGAACAGGCUUUAUACGAUGUCUUCAUCACUGAUUGUUGUUUAGAGACACUCUCCAGCCCAGUCUGAACUCACUAUGCUGCAAGCAGAGACUCUCCAGCUGCUGUGCCUCACAGCUUCCAGUGGGGUCCCACUGUUCUCACGAGGCUCCACCAAGCAGCUUCCCUUUUCCAUCAUCGGCUCCCUAAACGGUGUCCAUAUGUUUGGUGCCGGCCAUGGGGCUCAGUUAUCGAGCUGUGAGACAGAUCGAGGCAGCCGUGUGGUUUGGGGGGUCUUUCAGGAGAGCCUGAUGCUGAUUGCGGUGAGUGGCAGCGGGGGCUCCGCCAUCAGUGAGCUGCAGUUGCGUCGCCUGCUGGAGAACGUGUGGAACUGCAUGGUCAUGGUCCUGGGACAGGACGAGCUGGCAAACAUACGCAACGUGGAGCGGUUAAAACGAGAGUUGCGCUCUUGCUACCGCCUGAUCGACAUGUUCUUGGAGCGCGUCAGUGACGAUCAGGGCUUUAUGGGAGAUCUGACACAAUGUGCCGACUGUUUGCUUUCCUCCAACUCCGGCUUGCUUCAGGAAGCUCUAGACUCCUUCGCCCAAGCGGCGGAGAGCGAAUUUGGCUGCCUGCUAGUGCGUGGCCGUGUGGCACAGGCCACGGAGAAAUGGUGGUCUCGACUGACUUCCCAGGAAGUUGUUGUGCUCUCAAUCCUGGUACACUCGCUUUCUGGUGCAUCGUCAUGUGACUACCCGGUCUUCCUGCCCCAAGGCAGUCCCACCGUCGCUAUUCGCUUGCUCAGUUUCCAACUGCUUCCUGGGGUUCACGUGUGCAUCCUUUGUGGCCCCAAACCCUCUCUGUACAAGGCGGAGAAUGAGCUUGUGAGUCGUUUUUGGUCCACUUUGGUGGAGAAUCUACGCAUCUGUAUGGAGCAGGCCGACCGUUCCACUCUUCCUCCGUCUGUGAGCCUUCGCUGGGACGUCCAGGCUCUUCUGCUCAUCAACCGCGAAUCUCGACGCGCGGUCACCGUCUGCCCUAGGGUUCGUGGUGGUGCUCCUGCGGAGGCUGUGCCUCUUCUUUCAUCAGGAAGGCGUUUGGAGCUCCUUCGCCUUUUUUACACGUUUGCCAUGACCCGAUAUUUUACCUCGCAGGAGACAUCAGUCUCACCAGCCUCACCUACCUCAGAGGAUUUUUCUCAGGGAUUUACCCAUGUCCCUGUGCAGUGCUACCUUGUGACUGAUGAGUGUAAGUGUUAUGGCCUGCAGAGUCCCCAACACCAGCUCUUCCUCCUCAUGGAUCUCUCGGUGCCAACAUUUGCCUUGCGUACGGUGGCUACACAGACUCUCUCUGCGAUUACUGCUGCAACUGGUUUUUAGGACAUCGGUUUGCUCCUGUAUGGAAUACUGAACCAGAUACCAGACCUACUGGAUUUGUAAACAUGAACAGUUCAGGCAUUAAAGAGAUUUUAUUUUCUCACCUACGUUGUUGCAUAACCUGUUUGACUUUGUUACUUCUGCAAAAUGCUAAAGAAGAUAUUUUGAAUUUUUUUCAGCUGUUUUUAUCCCAAACAGCAUUUAAUCCCAUUGAGUUUUUUUGUACAGAAAAACCCACCAAGACAUUUUUGCCAAAUAUCUUCUUUUGUGUUUCAACUUCAUGGUUAAAGGGUUAGUUCACCCAAAGAUGAAAAUUCUGUCAUCAUUUACUCACCCUUAUGCUGUUCCAAACCUGUAAGACUUUCGUUCAU